UCCUGUGCCGCGCUUGGCGCUUGCUAUUUAGCACCCCCGUCCUCCUCCGUCCCCAGGCAGUCGCAGUUCACAACUGCGACUUAAAACUAUCUUCUCCGCCGCGAUUUGGGGCGACUUGGGCUGGCAAAAGCGUUGCUUCGCUUCUCGGACUGCUAGGUUAAGUUGCGUUUUCGGUUCUUAGAAAAGGACUGGCUCUGCACUCAGAUAAUAUUAAAAUGGAUGGUGCACAGCCACCGAGUGGGCAAUUGAACAACUCGUUCAAUACUCUUAUGGUUUCUGGAGAUGAGCAGAGUCAACAGCCGCAGGAUGCUGGGAAUGAAACCAGCUUCACGAAUUGGAAAGACCUUCCCAUGGAGCUGCUUCUGCGUAUCAUUUCACUAGUUGGAGAUGACAGGAUAGUCAUUGUGGCCUCUGGUGUAUGCACAGGAUGGCGUGACACAUUAGGGUGGGGAGUUGCAAAUCUUUCGCUGUCAUGGUGCCAGGACCACAUGAAUGACUUGGUGAUGUCACUGGCUCACAAAUUCACGAAGCUCCAAGUUCUAUCUCUACGCCAAAUCAGAGCUCAGCUAGAAGACAGUGGGGUGGAGGCCGUGGCGAACAACUGCCAUGAUUUACGCGAGCUGGAUCUUAGCAGAAGCUUUAGGCUCAGCGACCUGUCCUUGUACGCUCUGGCGCACGGGUGCCCUCACCUUACAAGGCUCAACAUCAGUGGGUGCUCCAAUUUCAGUGAUUCGGCUCUUGUGUUCCUCUCUAGCCAGUGCAAGAACCUCAAAUGCUUGAACCUGUGCGGGUGUGUGAGGGCAGCUUCUGACAGAGCGCUACAGGUACUUCAUUUGCUGUACCAUUGUAUGCUUGAGCUCGCAUUGAUUCCUGCUGUUUUGGUGCUGCAGGCCAUCGCAUGUAACUGUGGCCAGCUGCAAUCGUUGAACCUGGGCUGGUGUGAUAGCAUCACUGACAAGGGAGUGACCAGCUUGGCUUCAGGAUGCCCUGAGCUCAGGGCUGUGGACUUGUGCGGUUGUGUUCUUAUAACAGAUGAGAGUGUGGUUGCGCUGGCGAACGGCUGCCCUCACCUGCGUUCCCUGGGUCUGUACUACUGCCAGAACAUCACGGACCGCGCCAUGUACUCCCUGGCCGCCAACAGCCGUGUGCGCAGCCAGGGCAGGGGAUGGGACGCUGCAGUGAAGAGCGGCGGCAGCAGCAAGGACCGGGAGCGGGACGGGCUGGCGAGCCUGAACAUCAGCCAGUGCACGGCGCUGACCCCGCCGGCGGUGCAGGCGGUGUGCGACUCGUUCCCGGCGCUGCACACGUGCCCGGAGCGGCACUCACUCAUCAUCAGCGGGUGCCUCAGCCUCACCUCCGUGCACUGCGCCUGCGCGCUGCACCCUCACCGAGCCGGGCGCGUCAUCCUCUCCAACCACGCCUACUGAUCGCAUUGUGGAGCACUGGACCUGUGGUGCUGGGAUGUGUGCGUAGGCCGCUGAACCGCGCGCGACGGGGCUGUUGUGUGAGGUGCUUUUGUGGUGUGUUGUUUGGGCGUGUACUAGGGUCUCUACUCUCUAGGGAGCUGUAUUGAAUUGAACCGUGUAGAAGCAACUGGGUUAAGUUUGUUGUCUGUAAAAACAUGGACUGUAUUUGUGGCCUUGGCUUUUGAGA